AUGUUCUCCCAGAAGGUUGCCCAGCAGUCGCUGCGACGGCUUGCCGUCCAGCAGCCGUUCGCCAUGCAGUCCAUGAUGCGCGCUUCCCCCGUCGCUAUUGCCCUCGGAAAGAACAUUCAAACGAGACAAGUGACUUCCUCCCCGAACACCGAGGACCCCAACCAGAUCCUCGUCAAGCAGCGUCUGGCCCGCCCCAUCGCCCCUCACCUUAGCAUUUACAAGCCCCAGAUCGGUUGGAUCGGCAGUAGUUUGCACCGUGUCACCGGCUUCGCUCUCUCCGGCACCCUGUACCUCUGGGCCACCGCCUACCUCGUCUCCCCCGCCUUCGGAUGGCACCUCGAGUCCGCCUCUAUGGCUGCUUCCUUCGGUGCUCUUCCUCUCGCCGCCAAGGUCAUCCUCAAGUCCACCCUCGCCCUUCCUUUCACCUACCACUGCAUGAACGGUCUCCGCCACUUGAUGUGGGAUCUUGGCCGUGGCCUGAGCAACCCUGUCAUCAUCAAGACUGGCUGGACUGUUGUUGGCCUGAGCAUUGCUAGUGCUGUUGGUCUUGCUUUGAUUUAA